AAAAAAGAACAAUAUCUCCGAAGUUAUUCAGAAGAAAGAUUUGCUUAUUUGGAAUCUAAACUUCGAGAAUUUGACACGAUUAUUUCUUACAAAUUACAAGAAGAACAAGCUAUUAGUGUUCCGCGUAGCAUGAUGCAAUUUAUGUUUUUACCAUUUAACAUUGCAUUCACUAUACUGGGCUAUGCUACUUAUUUUUUACCGAGAUCUUUACGGGGUGCAAGACCAGCUCCAAUGCUACAGCCUGCUUCAAAUUCUGAUGAUGAUGAUGGCAAUAGAUCAAAUGGUUAUAUAUCACAGCAAGAAAUUUCAUUCUCUGGAAGUUUACAAAAAUAUUAA